AUGCCAGGAAGUGGUCAAUCAGUUUCUAAUGGAAAUGCUAGAGGUAUCUUUACGAAAGCUCCUGACACGUAUAUAAAUAUUACAAGUGAUGGAGAUGAUGCAGGGAAGUCAACUAGCUUACAAUUUAAGAAUAUGAAUCCUGUUUGGGAUGAGUCUUUUCAAUUUAAUUUAACAGAUACAUCAAUAUUAACAUUUAAAUUGAUAGGACGUAAUAAAAAAGGUGAUGAAGAUAUUAUAGCACGAAAAGCUAUAAAUGUAUCUUCACUUAUCAAAAAAGAUAGCGAUAAUGGAAAAUUUAAUGAUUUAAAAAAAACAAUUAAUCUUGUAAGUGAUAGAGAUAAUCGUUCUGCAGAUAUUAAAGUUUUAUUAAAUGGACAAAUUGUUAAAAGAAGGAGAAGUGAAACUGCCAUAGUUAAUGGUGAAUUACCUAGUACUAGUAUAACUCGAAGAAAUGGAAAUUUAACAUCAACUGAUACAUCAUAUAGAAGUAUUAUUGAAGAGGAACCUUUACCUGAAGGAUGGGAGGUAAGAGUUAAUGGUGCAGGAAGAAAAUAUUAUGUUGAUCAUACUACAAAAAGUACAACAUGGGAAAGACCAUCAAAUAAACCGUUACCAGAAGGAUGGGAAAUGAGAAGAGAUCCAAGGGGAAGAGUUUAUUAUGUUGAUCAUAAUAGUAAAAGUACUACAUGGCAACGACCUACAGAUGAAAUAAUUGCUGCCCAUCAACAAUGGCAAAACAAUAGAGAUAAUGCUGUUAUUUCUAUGACAGAUAGAUUUCUUCAUAAUGAUGAUCCAUUAGGACCUUUACCAGAUGGUUGGGCUAAAAGAGAAGAUCCAACUUCUGGAAGACCAUAUUUUGUUAAUCAUAUUAAUAAAACAACACAAUGGGAAGAUCCUAGAACUCAAGGAAUUUUAGAUAGACCUUUACCUCAAGGUUGGGAAAUGAGAUUUACUAAAGAUGGUGUUCCAUUCUUUAUUGAUCAUAAUAGAAAAGUAACACAAUAUGAAGACCCUAGAACUGGAAGAACUAUUGCACCUGUAUACAUUCAAGGUCUUCAUAUGAAUAAUGAUCGUACAUUUAAAUGGAAAUUAGCACAAUUUAGAUAUUUAUGUUUAUCAAAUGGUGUACCAAAUCAUGUUAAAAUUACUGUCAAUAGAAAUAACUUAUUUGAAGAAUCUUUUUCUGAAAUAAUGCGCAAAAAUGCUGUUGAUUUAAGAAGACGUUUAUAUAUUCAAUUUCGUGGAGAAGAAGGUCUUGAUUAUGGAGGUAUUGCUCGUGAAUGGUUCUUUUUAUUGUCACAUGAAGUACUUAAUCCAAUGUAUUGUUUAUUUGAAUAUGCUGGAGGAAGUAAUUAUAGUUUACAAAUUAAUCCAGCAUCAUUUGUUAAUCCUGAUCAUCUAAAGUAUUUUGAAUUUAUUGGUAGAUUUAUAGCUAUGGCUUUAUUUCAUGGAAAAUUUAUUUACUCUGGUUUUACAUUACCUUUCUAUAAAAAAAUGUUAGAUAAAAAAAUUACUGUAAAUGAUUUAGAAAGUGUAGAUGCUGAGUAUUAUAAUUCUUUAAUGUGGAUUAAAGAUAAUAAUAUUGAUGAAUGUGAUAUGGAAUUGUAUUUUGUUGUAGAUUAUGAAUUAUUAGGAGAAAUAAAAACAUAUGAAUUAAAAGAAGGAGGAAAAGAUAUUCCAGUUAAUGAAAGUAACAAGGAAGAAUAUCUUGAAUUAAUUGUUGAAUGGAGAUUUAAUCGUGGUAUUGAACCACAAACAAAAGCCUUUUUCACAGGAUUUUCAUCUGUAUUUCCUUUACAAUGGCUUCAUUACUUUGAUGAAAGAGAACUUGAAAUAUUAUUAUGUGGUAUGCAAGAAAUUGAUGUUGAUGAUUGGCAACGUAACACAGUCUAUAGACAUUAUGCCCCACAAAGUAAACAAGUAUUAUGGUUCUGGCAAUUUGUUAAAUCUUUAGAUCAAGUUGGUCGAUCAAAAUUGUUACAGUUUGUUACAGGAACAUGUCGUGUACCAGUUGGAGGUUUUUCUGAAUUAAUAGGUUCAACUGGACCACAACCAUUUUGUAUUGAAAGAGUUGGUAAAGAAAACUGGUUACCACGCUCACAUACUUGUUUUAAUCGUCUUGAUUUGCCUCCAUACCGUUCAUAUGAACAGUUAGUUGAUAAAUUGACUAGCGCCAUUGAAAUGACAGAAGGAUUUGGAAAUGAAUAA